ACCUUCUGUCAGAUACUUGCACUCAAUUAACAUGGAAUACACACAUCUUCUGAAUAUGGAGCGAUCACGCAGACCGGUGGUCAACAAAGAGGCGGCUGAGCGGGCUCUGGCGUAUCUCAAGUUGCUAGACUGCGACACACUGCUCUCCAUCUUGCCGACGGUGAACAAACUGGUGAUCGAUACGACAACUCUAGCUCUGACACGGUAUGUGCAAUUGUUCAAGGCUAUCGAAUGA